CCUCGAUCUUGGCCGAGUUAAUAAGGUCACACACGUCACAACUAUGAAUCCUAUCUUCAUCUGAUUAAAUUGUUGAAACAGACAUGUGCAAUGUACUUCCUUGUUUCACUGCACGUGCGUGCCACAUAUCACCAAAUUGAAUCCACCAGUUAAACCAGUGAAACCAAUGUUGAUUGUCUCACGUGGCCUUAAGUGGCGUAACUGGUAUAGUAUUAUGAUGAGGCUACAGAAGAAACAGAAGCUGAUAAUGUAUCUCUUGUCAUAAAUGUCAGAAUACAAUACGCCGUACCGAGAUAUAAUUACCUGAGGGAUAUUAACGACAGUGCACGAAGGAGUAAUAUUAUUCAUCAGGAAAAUGGCAACAUGGACGAUUUCCACGAAUAGGUUUAUAGGAAGUACUGAAGUAAAUGGAAAUUAUACUACUAGCCCGCCACGGCCUCCCCGCUUAGAUCUUUCCAACUGGGUUGAAUUCCUGACACUUUUGACGACAAACCUCUCAAUCGUUUCGUCAUUGUUUCUUCUGCUCACUUUUCAGUGUAUCAUUCAGGCGGCGAAGAGGGAUCUUUUAAUUUGUUUGAUACAGUGUCUGGCUGUGGCGAACCUUUUCUUCUGUAUCGGAAUGGAUAUGGGUAUAGCUCACUACGCAAACGGGGACAUCGGCAAGUCUGAUCUUCUCUGUGUCAUCCAAAGUUUCAUCUGCACCUUUUUUGACAUGGUCUCCUUUUGGUACACACUGUUUGUCAUUGUGUAUGUUUUCAGUGUCGCUGUUAUUAAGUCAGAGUGGAUGAAAGGUAAAAGAGCCAAGCGAAUAUACCACACUGUAGCCUGGACGAUUCCGGCAUUGAUUACCAUAUCUGCAACAAGUACGGGAGCAUUAGGCGAUGCCAAGUCUCGAUUUGGAUCCUGGUGUUGGAUCGACGAUGAUUCUUUGUCCAACAAACAACGCCUCCUCUGGAUGUUAUUUACCAAGCAGAUAUGGGAAAUAUUUAUUUACCUACUUUCAGCUUCUCUGAUCAUCAUCACCAUUUGGAUGAGGAUAAGAAUGCGAAGGACACGAGGCCAAAUAAUAAAUCAAAGGUUCCAUGAAUUUAAUGAAAAUGGAGAGCUAUCAAUAUCUAUUUCCGGAAGAAGCCGGAACCAUCCGAAGUUCAAUGUAAUGGUUUGGAUGUUGUUCUACUUCUACGUCACAAGGAUUUGGGGUACAACACGGAAUCUUGUUCGUAUCAUUGGUUUGGCUUAUGGAUCAGGGACAGUACCCGGAUUCGUACCGUAUGAUGAAAAAUUCUUUAUACAUGCCCAAUCUCUUGGCGACUCUAUGCAAGGAACUCUGAACUUUCUGAUGUUUUGCUACUGUGAUGACAAUGUUUGGCGUCAGGUCCGGGAGACAAUCAAUCGAAAAUUUCUAGAUACGAUUUGCUGCAGAAAAGAUGAUGAAGAUGAGGAUUCUUACACGGUUCCGAUAUUGGACAGUGAUAUCGGACAUACACGCAAAAAUUACAGCUAAAUUAGCAUACGGUUACUAUUCCAUGUCGCCCAAAAUAUUCUUUUUGUGUGUUAUCAAUUUAGAAUUUGUGUUUCACUUUGUAUCCAACCAUUAUCUUUUAUCUUUUUAGUGAGUUGACUUGGAAAUUAUCUGUAAAAAAAAUAAUGUAUGCUGUAUAUGUAUAAGAGAAACACUGAACAUUGUGGAAUAGUGGAGAUAAUACAUAGUUCUCGGCCUGUAACCACAGUUUGAGGUGUUUGGUUUAUUUUGCUUAACGUCCUAUUAACAGCCAGGGUCAAUUAAGGACGUGUCAGGUUUAGAGGUGGAGGAAAGCCGGAGUACCCGGAGGAAAAUAACCAGCGGCCUACGGUCAGUACCUGGCAACUGCCCCACGUGGGUUUCGAAUUCGCAACCCAGCGGUGGUAAAGUUUCGGAGGUGUUUCCCAUACUUGAAACAUGGCAUUAUACAAUUAGACUAUUACGCAGGUGUAUUGUUCAACUAUUCCACUGUUCUAGGUAAACCUUUACAUGUUGCACUCUGAAACCUAUUCACAUUGUUAACCUCACUUAAAAACAUGCUUGGCAUGAAAUCUGUGAAUGUUUCACAGGUACCAAGGUGCUACUGCUGAAAAAUGUACUCAGUUCAUAUUUCACUCUUCAACAUGGAGGACUGUGUACAGUACUGUAGUGAAGUAACUAACAUUACGUUUGACCUCAAAAGAGAUCUUCUUUCGGACAUAUAUCGUUUGCAAUCGAUUCAGAACCGAACAUAAUCAAGCAAUGCAGGAAACAGAGCAUAAAUUGGAACACCAACAUAACCGACAGUCUCAGAAAUACCGUGGCAAACUGGACAGUCAGUCACUUGAGGCCUGGAAGAGUUAUGGUUUUCUGCCAAAGAUCUCGAUUCUAAUUUAGGAAGAUUUAUAACAGAAAUAAACAAAAUGACAGAACAUAGUAAUAAAUAAUUACUGGAAUUCAGUGGUAUUUUCGUGAAAUGUGUCCAUGCUAAGAUGGUAUUUUUAGUCAGACACAAAUGUCACGCUUCUGUGAUUUCUUUUGGAGAGAAUAUGUUGUGCUCUUGGAAUUCUGGAUUUAUCAAGUUAAAACUUCCUCGUGGAUUAUGCAUAUCUUUUUUUUGUUAAGUGUUAUUUUUCAAUUUCAUAUUGUUUGCAAAAUCAAAAUCAAAACAAUAUAUAGUAGCGGUUAGACAGAUCUAUUUUUAUCACCUUCUCCUGUGGAAUAGUUCUUGUAUUACUGUUGAAUAUUUUGUAACUAUUCCACAAUGAAUUCCAACUAUUCCCUAGCUGUACACAGGCAAUAUGUCUUCACGUGAAUUUCACGUGAAA